UGCAGUUUGACAUGAUGCGUGCUUGUAACCUCAUCGCCACCGUGGCUCUGACUGCUGGCCAGCUCAUCUUCGUCCUGGGCCUGAUGGAGCUGCCUGUCAUUUCCCAGGACACCCAGUGGUGGGAGGAGGCCAUAGCUGCCCUGUUCCAACUUGCCAGUUUUGUUCUGGUUAUUGGACUGGUGACUUUCUACCGCCCCACCCUCUCUGGGUCUUGCUAUCGGAACAUUGGAGCCUGUCUUUUGGCCACGCUGGCAGCUGCCAUUCUCAUCUGGAACAUCCUUCACAGGCGUGAGGACUGCAUGGCACCCCGGGUCAUCGUCAUCAGCCGGACCCUGACCGCCCGGUUUCGCCGGGGCCUGGAAAACGACUACGUCGAGUCGCCGUGCUGA